AAAUGUAUGUUGUUUCUCCCUCAUGCAGCAAGUGAAUGCCCACUGCAAUGUGACCCUGAGCAUCACAGAAGGCAUUGCAGAGGUCUCUAAACACUCCUGCAACACUGAACCAGUUUCUGCUGAGAAGGUGAUCAGAAUGUGUCCGGACUGCCCCGUUCUGCUGCCCCUGCAUAGCCCCGAGGGCCUAGAGAGUGUGAAGGCAGGCCUCAGGCAGUUCAACAUGGACCACAACUACACCUCCUACUUCAAACUGAUGGAAGUGGGGAGGAUAAUAUCUGGGUACAUGAUGAUGACUGGAAUGUACUACAACGCUGAGUUGGCCAUCGUGGAGACUGAGUGUAAUGCCAAGAGCAGGAUAGAUACACAGGCUUGCAAGCCACUGUGCCCCGAUGAAGCUGUAAGGCAACUAGCUACGCUCCUCCUCCUCAUUCUCACUCCUCACGUAUUACCAUCAUCAUACUCUGGUCUCCUGUCUCCGGUCUCGGGUCUCUGGUCUCUGUCUCUGACUCUGGUCUCCUGUCUCCGGUCUCGGGUCUCUGUCUCUGACUUUGGUCUCAUGUCUCGGGUCUCGGGUCUCUGUCUCUGACUUUGGUCUCU